AUGAAAUUAAUAUGGACCUUGCUGCUAACUGCUCUCAUGCUCAGUAUAUCAUGUACAGCUUUCCCAAUGUUUGGAGCUAAUUUGCCAUCAGACGACGUGCAACUAUCAGAUCCAUCCGUAACCAUCCAUCAUCGACAUAAGAAGCAUCACAUUCGUCACAAACACCGUCGUCGCAGUUUAUCAUCAAAAGAAGAUGCGAAAGUUCGUCGCAAUAAACAAGUCAUGCUCACAAAGCCAUACUGGCCAUGGCCCUAA